CAUUAUCAUGCUGACUUUCACACCCUUUCCUUACAACAAGAACUUUGCCCCUUUGUCACACAAAGUUACUUUCUUGUUCCUGCACCCAUUUUCAACACCCUACUCAUUUUCACAUUGAGAAUUGGUGCAUAGUUUAUUUACUGUCUUGUCUAGGUUUUGCUGAAUAUGCCACUACUUUAUCUGGAUUUAGCUCUCUGAGGUGAGAUUAUAAGAAUUAUUUGAUAUUGAAUGUUUUGUCUUAUUUCAGCAACAGAAAGGAAAAAGAUAAUUCUGCAUGCCUCAAAUGAUUUAGAAUAAGUUCUGCUUUAUACUUCUAACCCUCAUUACAGAGGCCAAGUUAUUGUUUUUGACAGUAUAGAUUCCUGUCUUAGAUAUAUCACCCCCAUUUUAUUAUUGUUACAUUUUUGUUUUGAACUAUAAAUACUCUGGACGUAGCUGAUUUAUGUACUUAUACCCAUUUUAUUGGGCUGUUUUACUGUCCCAAUUCUAGAUAUGUUGCACUGUCUCUCGACUGCUUUUUUUUACUUUUCAAGACUGUUUAUAAUUUCUGUUUUUUGAAUUAGUUUAGCAUCAUAAUUUCUGAUUAUAUAUAUGGAAAUUACAUCUUGAUCUAGACAUACAAGGAAACUAGUGAAAGCUAAAUUUACCUUUCAUGGUUACAUUUUUUAAAUCUUCGUAUUACCAUUUGCUCACUAGCAGAAUACAUUAUUAUAUAUUAUUCCUGUUCUCUUUUAAUGAAAUCACACCCCACCCUCCAGAUUCCUGGUUAUUCAUAGUAAGUCUCAGCUGUCAGUAUUUUUAGAUACAAUGACUGUUGGUCUGCAGAAGACUGUGGUCUCUAUAAUGGUGUGUGCUUAGUGCUGUAAUGAUGGGUGAGCUCAGUUUUGUGCGCUUUCUGUAUUUUGUGUACAACUUCAUAAAAAAAAUCUUAUUAUGCAACAAAUAUCUAACAAAUAUAUGCCUGAUUAAUAAUAUGCUUAAUAUAUGUCAAAGAUGUUUGUUACACAAAUGUGGUUAUUAACUAACCUUGGAAUUGUGGAGAAUUGAUGUGAGGAUAGUAAAUUAGAGGCAUUCGGCUAGUUUGGCCUAUUUUGUCAAUUCCUUUGUAUAUUCUCUACAAUUUCCAGUUUCAAAGUUACUCCUUUUUUUUAAAUUUUAAUGUAAUUAUGCUUUUUCCAUUAACAAAAGUUUGUUUGUUUUUUGUGUGUUUGUUUUUUUUCAAUUUAUUAUUUAUUUAGUGUUAUAGACAUUGAGACAGAACUGUUACAGGUGCCUAGCAAUGAACCUAAUAACUUCUUUUGUAUAACUUGUUUUUAUUGGACCUAAUCAUAGGUGUUUUUGGGGUGCUGAAGCCAAGGAUCUCUACUGCUAGUAGAUGGGUUAGGAGCAUAAUAGUAUUUUGUUUUAUUAUUUUCUUUAUUAAUAAUUAUAAUUUAUUUUACUUAAAGCUACCUCAUAGAAAAAGAGAGAUCACUAGUAUAAAUCUUACAGGUAACUUUUUGGAAAGGGGUGCUCAGGACCAAAACACUGCUGCAUUUCUCAAAUUAGUUAGGUACCAUGGCGGAACUGAAUUAAAAUAUCUGGCUACACAGCAGUGCUUUUUUAUUGCAAUGCUCUCAUUGAUAUGCUGGAAAGCAUAAACAUCACAUUGUUUGGAGGAGGAGUCAUUGGUAUGCUGGAAAUCAUAAGCAUCAAGCUGUAGGAAAUUGGAGUCAGGAAAUAGACAGUGGGAAAUAUUAUGACAUAUCUACAUCUAUCUAUUAGUGUAGAGGCUAUCAAGUUUGCUUUGGGCUCAAGCCCCAGGUCUUUGAGGAACCUAGCAACACCCCAGGGCCUAAUAACUUCUUUAUGUUUUGUGGAUACUCCAAAUAGAAAAAUAGAAACAUAGAAUGUGACGGCAGAUAAGAACCAUUCGGCCCAUCUAGUCUGCCCAAUUUCCUAAAUACUUUCAUUAGUCCCUGGCCUUAUCUUAGCCUUAUACCUAUCCCACGCAUGCUUAAACUCCUUUACUGUGUUAACCUCUACCACUUCAGCUGGAAGGCUAUUCCAUGCAUCCACUACCCUCUCAGUAAAGUAAUACUUCCUGAUAUUAUUUUUAAACCUUUGUCCCUCUAAUUUAAGUCUUUGUCCUUUUGUUGUGGUAGUUUUUCUUCUUUUAAAUAUAGUCUCCUACUUUACUGUGUUGAUUCCCUUUAUGUAUUUAAAUGUUUCUAUCAUACCCCCCCUGUCUCGUCUUUCCUCCAAGCUAUACAUGUUAAGAUCCUUUAACCUUUCCUGGUAAGUUUUAUCCCGCAAUCCAUGAACCAGUUUAGGAGCCCUUAUCUGAACCCUCUCUAAGGUAUCAAUAUCCUUCUGAAGAUACGGUCUCCAGUACUGUGUACAAUACAAAUAGAGGGUAAUACUGAAGUUUAUUUCUACUAGAGCUAAAGGUUCUUUGACCGACACAAGUCUCCAAAAGUGUUGAUGUUGAUGUAGUCAGGAAAAUAAUAUGUUUGAAUGAGUAAGGGUUAGGGAAAUAUGGAAGAUAAAGGUAAAAAUAACUGAGGGCCAUUUUGGUAAGAAGAAAUGUGCUGGUAGGGCCAGGUGAUAAACAAUAUCAAUACAUAUUAUUUGCCUCUAGUGUAAUUGACUCACCCUUUUUAUAACAUGUAGACUCCCUCUUAAUUUUUCUUAAUGCUAUAUUUUUGUUUGAUUUUUAUUAAUGUAUUAAACACAUAUUUUCUUUCCACAUUUCUUUCUAAUUUACAGUUCUUUAAAACCCAAACAUAUUUGCUCUUAUAUCUCCUUAUUAUCACUAUGCAAUGUUUAUAAUGGAGGUUGCUGACAAUGCGUUUCUGUUUUACAGGGCUUGUGUCCCACUCUAUAGAGAGACUCUGCCAUGUCACAACCUCAGUUCACAUGGAAUGACUUUCUGGUAUUGAUUAUCUCCAUUUAAACUUUAUAAUGAUUCCUGUUUCUCCUCCUGUAUCUCCACUUCUUCAUAAAUACUCAAGAGGGGCCUCAGCAACUGACCGCUUGGAGGCGGAUAAAGCCAAAUAUGUUAAAACACCACAGGUGAUUGAGCGGAGACAAAUUCCAGUAAUUAAUGCAAGCUUUACACCUGCCAUGCCACGCAGAUCACUGUUAGCAGGCAAUAACUGUGAGACACAGGCAGAAUACCCCUGUAGCAAUACCAUGAGUCCUGUUGUACAAAGAAAAAACAUUUCACCACCCUAUAAUAAGGAGGUAAGAUCAAAUCAUUCUCACCAGACAAAUCCCACUUCUAGAAAUCCCAGAAGACUAAUUCAACCAGACAACAAACUUGUUGGCUGCUAUACACACUCCAAAAAAACAAAUUUCCUUGCGUGCCACCAGGGCAAUGAAUCAGUGCAAAAUUCUCCAGAGGCCCAUCUACAAUGUUUGCGUCGUGUUAGUGCUUGGAGACAAUAUCGACCAGACUCACUCAUUAUCUACAGGCAGAGACGUGAAGUUUCAUUAACUGGCAAAGAGAACACUGACAGUGAACCAGGACUAGUGAUUCGACUUCUUCAGGGUACUCCACUAUUAAAGAGAAGCAACUCUCCAUCACGUAAUCUCACCCAACCCAGACCUCAAGAAAUGCCUGUGUCUCCAAGGACACAAAAAAGGAUAGAGCAGUCCUCUCUCAACAAAGAUUCUUGUCUCCUUGACUCCCACACACAACAACCUACAUCAGACAAACAGACUUGUACAACUCCUACUGAUUCUGAACACUUUUUUGAGACUUGUGGCCUGGAAGGAAGUCUGCUGGACUUGUUGGAAAACGUAUACAAGAUGAAUGGAGACACACCAUUUGGUAGUCUGGAGUCAAUAACAGGUGUUAGUGGUGGGAAGGAGGGGGCAUUCAGUGAGGAUGUUAAAGAAGAAAAAACACCAGUAUCUGUUAUUGAGAGGAAUGCAAGGGUCAUAAAGUGGAUCUACAGCUGUCAACAAGCAAGGUCUACUGGGAACCAGAGGGAAAAGCAAAAGCCACGGGAGUCUACAGUGUGAGUGCAAUCAUUGUACACCAAAUUAUUAAACACAAGCCAUAAGAAGACGAAAAGAAAGGACAUAACAUUGAGAAAUACUUUUGGCUGACAUUAAUGUAUUGCGUCUGUGAGGAGUACAAGUUAUGAGAUAGUAGCUAAAUACCAAGUUAAAUAUAUAGUUUUUUUCUUUUUUGUUUCUUGCUGGCUGUCCUAGAUAGCAAGAUAAAUUUUUAUAUUAAAUAUGUACUUGCUGCUAUGUCUUAUACUAAUAGACCUUAAAGAUGUAUUGAUCUUUUUUAUCCUGCUUAGUACUCUUUACACAUUAGAUUUUGUUAAUGUCAAUUUACUUUAUAUUUGCGCUCAAAAAAACACAUUAGCAUGAUCCUGCAUACGUUCCUCAUUGUAUACAUUGAGUAAGUUGUUAGAGGAAAAACAUAAGUGGGCAAAUGUUUCAUUACAUUCACCAAAACAUAUAAAUGCUGGCCAUGUUACUUCAGUCUUCAGUCAAAAAAUUCAGACGUGGUUUACAUUUGUUAGUGAAUGCAACUGAAGUCAGUAACCAUAUGAAUUCAUGUUUGUCCACCUUCAAUGUUGCACUUAUGAAAUGUGUGCGCAACUAACAGUUUCUAUGGAUAAGUGUACAUUCAUUCUAUUUUACUUUUCAUAAAAAGUUGGUGGAAAAUGUACAUUUAUCCUAGUAGAAUGUUGUGGUUUCUCAGUGCAAAUCAGUGAGAAAAAUGUCCAUCAAAUUAGAAAGGGGAGGAUAAUGUUUUAAACUGUUGACUCCUCAUUAAUGUAGCUAAUUAAUCAAUGGAGGAGAAUGCGAAUUAUCUGUAUGAAUUUUAUUAAAACACACGUUCACCCCAACUAAUGCAAUUUUACCAACAUUUGCCCAUCCUUAAUAAUAAGAUGAUGAUUUAGCAACUACAUAAUAUCACAGAGUGAUGUAAAGAUUAUAAAGUGGGAGUUAUAGUUUGGUAUAAUAACACUUUGAUAACUGACAAUGCAGCAGUCACCAUUUUCAAGGCACCUUGAGUAAAAGUGUUAGAUUUAUUCUCCUUGUUUGCAAGUUGCCAAUAUCCUGAAAAUCUUUUUUUGGGUUCAGUUUCAAAUUUGCAAAUGUAAAUUAUUGAGUGAUUACCAUUUCUGAAAAUAUACUGGGCAUAAAAACUAUAUAUAGUCAUGCGAUUCCAUGGUGCAGUAAGUUACAGAACUUUUUAUAUGGUCUUGAUUUAUGUAACACUUUAAGGCCAGGAUUACAGUAUGAGUAAGGGAUAACGCUACACAACUCCUCAUGAGUAGAGUCUUUCUUUAUGGGAGUCUCUAAUCGCUCUUGCUUCGCAGCUCUGCUAUUUUGCUAGUUAGGAAACCCCACCUAAAUGGUGUUUCUUCAGUGUGUUGAGCAACAUUAGAAUCUACUGGUGGCUCUGCCAGAACACCUCUGCUCUGUGUUCGUUCAGUAGAGCUCUGUUGCCAUCGUCUAGAGAACACACUCCAUAGUGCUGAAGGAUUCCUCUCUUGGGGUGUUUCUUGC